CGCGUUGCGCCGUCUUCCUGCUCCUUCCUUCCCUUCUUGUUCCCAUCCGUCCUUCCUUCCGCUGGGCGCAAUGGAUUCGAGGCGCGGGGCGGCCGCAGCGCUACUGGCAGUCCUGUGCGCGAGCUGUGCGCUACGCGCCGGGCGCGCCCAGUACGAGCGCUACAGCUUCCGCAGCUUCCCGCGGGACGAGCUGAUGCCGCUCGAGUCGGCCUACCGGCACGCGCUGGACCAAUACAGCGGCGAGCACUGGGCCGAGAGCGUGGGAUACCUGGAGAUCAGCCUGCGGCUGCAUCGCUUACUGCGCGACAGCGAGACCUUCUGCCACCUCAACUGCAGCGCGGCGCCCGAGCCCGAGCCUGCCGCCGGCCUCGCCCGCUACCCGGAGCUGCGCCUCUUUGGGGGUCUGCUCCGCCGCGCACAUUGCCUCAAGCGCUGCAAACAGGGCCUGCCAGCUUUCCGCCAGUCGCAGCCCAGCCGCGAAGUGCUGGCCGACUUCCAGCGCCGCGAACCCUACAAGUUUCUGCAGUUCGCCUACUUCAAGGCAAAUAAUCUUCCAAAAGCCAUUGCGGCUGCACACACCUUUCUACUGAAGCAUCCCAAUGAUGAGAUGAUGAAGAGAAACAUGGCAUAUUACAAGAGCUUGCCUGAUGCUGAGGACUACAUUAAAGACUUAGAAACCAAAUCAUAUGAGAGCCUGUUCAUCCGAGCAGUGCGGGCGUACAAUGGCGAGAACUGGAGAACAUCUGUCACAGACAUGGAGCUGGCCCUUCCUGAUUUCUUCAGAACCUUUUAUGGGUGUCUUGCAGCCUGUGAGGGCUCCAGGGAGAUUAAGGACUUCAAGGAUUUCUAUCUCUCCAUAGCAGAUCAUUACAUAGAAGUCCUGGGAUGCAAAAUGCAGUGUGAAGAAAAUCUCACCCCGGUAAUAGGAGGCUAUCCUGUCGAGAAAUUUGUGGCCACUAUGUAUCAUUAUUUGCAGUUUGCUUAUUAUAAAUUGAACGACCUGAGGAACGCCGCGCCCUGUGCGGUCAGCUACCUGCUCUUUGAUCAGAACGACAAGGUCAUGAAACAGAACCUGGUAUAUUACCAGUACCACCAGGAGAAGUGGGGCCUCUCAGACGAGCAUUUCCAGCCUAGGCCAGAAGCACUUCAGUUCUUUAACGUGACUACACUGCAGAAAGAGCUGUAUGACUUUGCUAAGGAAAAUAUAAUGGAUGAUGAUGAGGGAGAGGUUGUGGAAUACGUGGAUGACCUCUUAGAGAUGGAGGAGACCAGCUAGUCGACAGCAACCAAAGUGACUUUGAUAUUCAGGAAACACAGAGUCUUUGUCUUCCUUAUUCCCAAUAUCCCAAGCUGUUGAUACCUCAAAGCCUUCCCUUCAUUAUCUAAAGUGAAAGGGAAGCCCCAUUUUCUCUCACUCCA